AGAAGACUGAGGUGGUUGGCGCGAAGGAAGGAGGUUUCGCGGCUUCUUUUUCUCUUUGAGGCACUUUACUGAAGACAUGGCAACCGUUACUCCAAGAAAAAGAAAAUACAGUUCUACUUCUGAUUGCUUGCAGAUAGUAUAUGGGAAUCCAGUGAAAAAACUGAUGCUAGAGUUCACUGAGGAGUCUUCUAUGGUACAGAUGUCUGCAGGUUGCAGUGUUGCAUCUCUAACAAAGCAAACUCCUGGCUUUCAAGUUAAAGAUAAAGAAAACCAGCACUUUCUCCAGAAGUCAACCAAAUCACAGAGGUUUGAUUCUUCUCCACUGCAGACAGCCACUGUGCCAGAGGAAAUCCAGAGGGAGUUCCAGCAGAGAACAUCCCCUAAAUCUGGGGCCACACACAGUUCCAUUGUAUCCUCCAGCUCCUUUUAUAACAAAGGGAAACCAUAUCUAAAUAUACUGGAGAGAAAGCUAGCAAAUGAAAUCCUUCCUCUUGCUCCAAGAAAAGAUGAAGGCAACCUACCUAUUGCCAACAAGACACAGACAGCACAGGUGCAAAUAAUGCCAGCCAUGAAUACCAACUCCAAAACAUCCAAGCAUUCAGCUGCUUCGAGGCAAGCCAAGACCUUGUCAAGAAAUACCAAAAAGACUAAAACAGUGGUGGCCCCUCCAAAGCCUGUGAAGCAGAAAGAGAAUGUUAAUUGUGUUGUUGAAAAGAAAAUGGAAACUCCUUUCAGAGUCUUAAGCAUGAAAUUCAAACCUGUGCUGAAACUCCAGGCAAGUGCCGCAUUCUUCACCACUGGGAAGAAGAGGUCCUUUGGCUCUAAGAAAGAGCUUUCAUCUCCAUCAUCCCUGCACUCUGACAGCAAGUCCAUGACAAAGGAGAAGCAGGACGGACUCCAGCCCCAUUCAGAACUCCGUUUGUCCAUUGAAAGCAAAGCAAUUGAGGUUGACAGGAAAAGAAACCAAACAUAUAAGCCCCAAAAGCAGGAGAAAGAAGACCACAUGGAGGAUGGUGGGAAACUGCCCCAUGACACUAGCCAAGAUAUGAAGGAUGUGUAUGAACUAAAACUAUUACAGAAAACUAAGGUCCUCCAGCCUUCUCGUUCUGAUUGCUCUAACACCCUAGAUGAAAAAGGAAUUGCUGUGGAGACCCAGGUCUCUGAAGAGGUCUCAGAAGGACCACUUAAAAACAGGGAUGAACAUGAGAAGUCCUCUUCCAGUAAGAUCCCUGCUGAGACGACUGAGGCAACCUCUGUGGCAAAUCCUUUGUUCGCUACACCUUCCAGCAACCAAAAAAGGCCGCAAGUUCUCUCAGAUGAGCAGCCUUCACUUGUGGAGUUCAUUCCGGUUGCGCAGAAGGUUCCUGCCGUACUAAAAACCAGCAAGAAGGCAAAAGAAUUGAGCAAAGACUUAAAAGAUCAGAUGGUCAUUGAUGCUGGUCAGAAACAUUUUGGUGCCACUGUUUGCAAAUCAUGUGGCAUGGUCUACUCAGUGGCCAACCCAGAGGAUGAAGCUCAGCAUGGACAGUAUCACCAGAGGUUCCUCGAGGGAAUAAAAUAUGUGGGCUGGAAGAAUGAACGUGUAGUUGCAGAAUUCUGGGAUGGGAAAAUUAUCUUGGUCCGGCAGAGUGAUCCAAAAUAUGCCAUCAAGAAGGUAGAAGAUGUACGGGAGCUAGUCGAUAAUGAACUUGGAUUUAAGCAAGUGGCUCUGGCCUGUCCAACCCAGACUCAAACGUACCUGUUUGUAUCAGUUAACAAGAUAGUUGGCUGUUUAAUUGCUGAACCAGUCAGACAGGCUUUUCGAGUGCUUUCUGAGCCUGUAGAAUCUCCUACUAAGAACAGCUUGGAACAUCAUCGUGCCUGGUGUUGCUCAACAAAGCCAGAAAAAGUGGUCUGUGGGGUCAGCAGAAUCUGGGUGUUUAGCCUAAUGCGGAGAAAGGGCAUUGCAAGACGCUUGGUGGAUGUGGUCAGGCAUAGAUUUGUAUUUGGCUCUUGCCUAAGCAUCAAUGAAAUCGCCUUCUCAGAUCCCACACCAGAUGGCAAGCUGUUUGCAGCCAAAUAUUGCCAGACUCCCAACUUCCUUGUUUAUAAUUUCCUUAAUUAAGGCUGUGUAACUUCAGUAUAUUGCAAUGGAAUUAUGAGAGUUGCUUGUUCUUCAGUAAGUUGAGCUGCGGUGAUGUUCAGUGUUAAUUGAAAAAUGGUAUUAAGUUUCUGUUGCUUCUAAAAUUAAAACUUCUAAAGUUGAUUGUUUAGAAGAGAAUAGUCACUAAUACUAUAUUUAGUCUCUCUGGUUGUGGCUUUGUUAGCUACCCAGAUCUGCUGCCUGUAGUGUUCCCAUCAUGUUCUGGUGGGUUGCUUGAAGGUGGGCUUUUAAGCGUGGGAUUUAAGAAUCUUCUGCGCUAACAAAAGGAGCUCUAGGCUGAGGAACUCGGUAGAAGCUGCUUUCCAGGAAAGAAGGUAUAAUAUGUGAGUUUUAUGCUGCUAUGGACCAAUGAGCUAUGUUUUUGUGCCUGGUGUUGGAUGUGCAUCACUGGAAGUAUUUAAUGUGAGAGUAGAGACUGUGCAGGCUGUGUCUACAAAGCGCUGAAAUUCUUGC